AUGCCACGCCCCAAGGUCCAUCCAGCGAAUCGGCUGCGAGCAAACACUGCAUGCACUGCCUGUCGUGCAUCCAAAAAACGCUGUAGUGGUUAUUUCCCAUGCACCAACUGUACUCACAAAGGACGUGGCCGCUCAUGUACCCCAUUCAAGUCACCAAAUGUAGGCCUCCGCAGCCGUAUACCUCCUUCUCAACCCACAGUUGAGUCACCUCGGACACCGAGGGAAACAAGAGCCAAUUUGCAACCCUUGAUGUCGCAGUCUCAUGACAUUGGCACGCCCGAUCCCGAGUUUGAUACACUGGAGGCGGGUUCGCAAUCCCCUGAAGUUACGCAUCGGACACAUCCACGCAUGCUCCGCAACCUGCAAGGGGAACGAGUAUACGUUGGGAAAGCUGCCUCUCUGUCAUUUCUACAAUUGCUUCGAGAUACAGUGACUCAACAUAUCGGACCCUCACAGUUCUCUCAUAAUGGUGGCAGGGAGGAUAUGCUAGAGGCGGAAGCUCAUCAUGAUCUGUUGAAUUUCUCCGACGAAUUUUGCACCUUUGAUGAGAAGAGUCGAUUUAUCCAGAGUUAUCACGCAGCGACGAGCGGUUUCUUCAAUUUGAGCUCUAGUGACGACAUUUCAUCUUUGUUGAUUGGCAUAGUAGAGCCCAAAACCGACCGGGAAAAGACUAGGGCAGCUAUCAUAGACCUCAUGGUUGCUAUCGGAGCACAAUCCUACCCCAAAGACCCAAAGAACCUUCAGGUGGAGCGGUUCUACUUUGCUCGCGGCCAACUUGGGGCGUUUGCUAACAUGUUGGAAGAUCCCAGCAUGGAUCUAGUGCGAGUCUUUCUACUCAUGUCCUUCUACAUGCUGGGGGCGUGCCGUCGAAACACGGCAUUCAUGUACCUAGGAGUGGCAUCACGAGCUGCAGUGGCGCUGGGAAUUCAUGCCGACUCUCCAGGGUCAAUAACCCCCGAUGAAAGUGCUGGGAUCAAUGAACGAUCACGAUUAUGGAUGAGCUUAUGUAUUCUCGAUUUGCUUGUCAGUUCGAUCCUCGGGAGACCUUCUACUAUAUCACCUCUAUUGCCCGGGAACCGACAAGACCCUAGUUGGAUCGGGACCGCACCUAGUGAUCCUGGACUGGUGGCUUCAUAUCAGUUAUCGUUGAUCCUGGAUGAAAUAAUAACAUGUCUUUACAGUGAAAAGUCUGCAUCCGCAGAUAAAGCAAACCUGCUAUUAUGCAAAUUAAACACAUGGAGUGAAUAUCUGCCGCGAUCAUUAAGGACGUCGUCUUCGGGACACAAAGCUCAGAGCACUUUCCGGGAGCAUACGAUUGGAAGCAUGCAUGUUGCAUGUUCAUAUCAUUUUGCAGUGAUUUUAGUCACCCGACCUUUCCUCAUCUCGGCCUUAAGUGUCCGGCUGGCCCGGUUACACCACAGCCUCUCGACGGGUGAUCCCAGUGAGAAGGUGCCUGACGAGGAUCUAGCCCACUCUCGGCUCGCAGCGGCAUGUAUUGAUUCUGCUGUAUACAUGCUGCAAACAUGUCUGGAGGUGCAUAAGUCCGGCCUUCUUCUUCGGAAUAUGUGUAUUCUCAAAGCUUUUAUCUUUGCUGCAGCCCUUGUGCUCGGGUUCUCUAUGUUCUCUCGCAGUGAUGUGGAUUCUGAGAUUGAUGGUGUGUUCCGCGGUGCUCUGACCAUCUUGCGCAUGCUGGCUUCGCAGUCUGCCCAGGCAGCUCACUACCUCGAGAUUAUAACGUUGUUAGAGGCAGCUAUAAUUGAACAGCGCCAGCGACUUGCGGCCCAAACCCGCCAGCAACGGAGUCAAUACGUCAGUCGGAUAUUUAGUUUGAACGACACCCCGGCAACACCACAGACACAAACUAAAGGGGACGAAGAAGUGAGAAAUGCGACCCCACUUCAAUCGCAGAGUGUCACAUCAUCCCCAUGGUUGCAUUUUGAUGACAGCGCUGCCACUACUGUCACACCCCCCAUGAUUGAUGGGACUUUGUUUGACUGGGAGGGUAUGGAUUUGCCGUUAUGGGAUAGUUUCCCAUUUCUCGCCGAAUCGACUACAAUAUGA